AUGUUCCUACACAAAAUCAAAUCCGGUUUCUUUAAUUUCUUGUCCAGGUUAUUUUCAAGUCAAGAUGAGCAAUCCUUUCGGGGAGCAUUUAAUAACGUCGACAGUGACUCCGAUGGGCACAUCACACUAGAAGAGGCUAUACAAGCUAUGAGCUUAUGUGGCAUUCGACCAACACAAAGCGAAAUACAAGACAUGUUUACUGAAAAACCGGGAUCGCUGGAUUUUCCGGAUUUUUUGAAGUUGCUCUACAAAAGAAUCAAAAAUGUAGAUGACAAUUCGGAAAUGUUACAGGCUUUUCGCAUGUUCGAUACUGAAGGCAAUGGAACUAUCAAGACAACAGAAUUUCGUAAUAUUCUUCUUGCAAUAAAUGACCAAUUUCAAAAAGAAGAAAUUGAUGAAAUGCUUAAAGAUGCUGAUCCUGAAAAGAAAGGAGUAAUCGAAUAUCAAAAAUUUAUUCACAAAAUGAAACAAUCAUAGAUAGAUGGAUAACGAGUGUUCAACACAACUCGAGUUUCGCGCCAUUUUUAUUGUUGUCAUGAGAAGAGAAAUUGAAAUCAAUCUUUAUCAAGAAGAACAACAAAAAUCAUAUAGUGUGAUGAGUUGAU